UGACCCCCCUCUCACGAAUUAUACAUACCGCCGCUGAUUGUGAUUUCAACGAAGAAGCACCGGAAAAUGGGAGUUUUCACAUUCGUCUGCAAAUCCUCCGGCGGCAAAUGGACUGCCAAGCAGCUAAAGGGAGACCUUGAAGGCUCCGCCGACUCUACCUACGCUCUUCAGAGGUCUCUUGUUCAGGCCGCUUAUUCUUGCGACUCUUCCGGUGGUAUCCAGUCUUCUUUCAGCUACGUACUCCCCGAUUCUGCUGUUUUUCAGGUGAUCAUUGGUGGUGGUGGUGGUGGUGGCUCUUUUGGUGGUGGUGCUGCAGCAGCAUCAUCAGCACCAGCUGGAGGUGCAGCAGCUGCUGAAGCACCUGCUGCUGAGGAGAAGAAGGAAGAGAAGGAGGAGAGUGAUGAUGACAUGGGUUUCUCACUCUUUGAUUAAUUCUUCUAUUUCUUUAUACAAUGUUAUGUUCAUCGUAUGUUUUCUUAUCAAGUUUUGAUAUUGUUGGUAGAUUAUUGGUAAUGAGAUUUUUGUUAAACUGUUAUGGUGGAUAAUGUUUCUGGUAUUGAAAUAGCACCUUGAAUUCGUGAA